UCGUGUAUACAGAAAUUAGGUGAUGAUGAAAAAUGGAUGACGUUGCGUCCGCACAUAGCGAAAAUUUAAAUUUACGCAAAAUUCAACAAAAACUUUUGCAAUGGGAAAAAAAAGAGUGCUCUCUAUCGCAACUAACAGACUAUCAAAUCGAUGCAAUCGAACAAUUGAAUGAGCCACAACAGCAAACAACCAACGAUUCAGGUCCGGAACUGAAUUCGGCGGAUGAUUUAAAUUCAAACGAAUAUGUUUCAACAAACGACAAUAAAUUCAACAUUCCAACACAUGUAAUCGAUUCAACGCAGGAUUUUUUCAGCUUGUAUCUCAAUAAUACAGUGGUUCCGAUGAUGUUUAUCGACAAUAUAAAAUCAAUUUUACGUUGAAAAACCUCGAUGGACUCAAAACUGAAUACAAUUUUGUGUCGAAUAAAACAUGGUCACUGAAUUCAGGAAGUGAAAAAAAGAAUAUCCCAAGCUUGUACGUUUAGAAUUGAUCCCCCGUAUUUCUUCGGCAUUUAAGGAGCUAUAUGAGUUUUUCGUACGUAAUCCAAAUGUGCAGAGAUUCUCAACAAAUUUAAUUUGUGUGUGGGACAACGGUGAUAUAUUUUUAAAUUCCAACGUAAAAUUUGAUGUAUUUUAACUCAACGUAUUGGUCAAAUAGGAAGCGGACAUCGAAAACACCUUUGGAAUUAUUAAAUGGACUGCAUAAACAAGGCUUCUAUAAGCGUCUAUACAUUUACAUCGAUAAAGUUGUUGAAUAGUUAGGCACUUCAUUACUUUCACUCAAAGGUCUCGAAUUAUUGUGCAUUUGGUUGUUUUUUGAGAAUUAUAAUUUGUGGUUACCUCAAUUGACCAAUCUGAGAGAAUUAAUCAUCAUGAAUGCAAUUUAUGCCAAGGAUAUGGAGAUUUUUGUAAAUGGCCUGACAAAACUCGAACAUCUUUACAUUGUUCAGGCUAGCAUCGAUCACAUUAUGCCAUUCAUUCGUCGAUCGUCGAAAUUGAACAAAAUCAAAUUCAUACCACGAAUCAGAGGUGUAGUUUUGAAUUUGGAAAGGUUGAAUAAGGAACGGGCCAAAUUGGCUGGAGCACGAAAAAUAAUAAUUUAUGCGCUCGAAGAUGUCCUCUUGGCUACAAAAUGGAUGACCAGAAACGGCGAAACAAAUUUGAGCUUGAUUGAAAUGAGACGCGAGUAUUCGAUUGAAUGGAAUCCUCAAUAUUUUCCUACAUAGAAUUUUAUUUAAGAAAUCCAAAAGUCCAGAUACAUUGAUUCCAUAUAGAAUAUAAGAACAUUCUAGUCUAAGUAAAUUUUGUGGAUAAAAAGAAUUAAUUUGAAUUGUCUGAAUAAAAUGUAUCAUUUUAAAUUUGAACAUUUGAA